AUGUCGUACUCACUCUACAUUGGAAACAAACGUUACUCCAGCUGGUCCAUGCGGCCUUGGGUGCUGUUCAAGGCCGUCGGCGUCCCUUUCGAAGAGAAGCUGCAAAUCUUCCAGCCAACGCCGCGCCAGCCCGACUUCCUCGCCUUUUCGCCCACGGCCAAGGUGCCGUGCCUGCACGACGCAACGACGGUCGUCUGGGACUCGCUCGCCAUUUGCGAGUACGUAGGCGAGAGCCACCCCGGCGUGUGGCCGCGCGACCGCGCCGCCCGCGCCUUUGCCCGCAGCGCCGCCGCCGAGAUGCACUCGGGCUUCCCCGCGAUCCGCGACCAGUGCUCGAUGAAUGUCGCUCUGCGCAUCGAGUUUGGUCCCGUGGGCGCCGACCUGCAAAAGGAGCUGGACCGCAUGGCCGCAUUGUUUAGUGAGGGGUUGGACAAGUUCGGCGGGCCGUGGAUCGCGGGGCCGACGUUUUCCGUCGCCGAUGCCUUUUUCGCGCCCAUUGCGUCGCGCAUCAAGACCUUUGGCCUGUCGAUCCCGGGAAGGGCGGGCGAGUACAUUGAUCGUCUGUUUGAGCAUCCAGCGGUGCAACAGUGGAUUAAGGAGGGUAUCGCGGAGCAUUCGCGAGAGCCGUUCCACGAGGCAGACUGCGUUCGUGGACGCAAGAUUUUACAAGAUCUCGAACAAUCGAACUGA